ACGGCAAUGGCCGACCAUAGCCGGCCAGUCGGGGCUGAACCUUCCGAAAGAACGUAUCGCACACCCUGGAGCCUCGAGUCGUAAACAGAGAUUUUAUAUUUCGAGAUCUGAUCGUCGUGUCGAUAUUACGAAUUCGGAAGAGAAUUAAAAUCAAUAUUAGUGAAUCCUUGACUCGACUUCUGGACAGGAAGGAUGAGAAUCGUGUUCCUUGAUUGAUAUCGAGAUUUUAAAAAGGUGUCAAGGAGCCCAAGGUAACUGACCCUGCGCAACAGUCCGUUCACCAGUAGUCUCUGUCUUUCCACUAGGUAUACGUAUACCUACCUGAAUCGUUAACCUACCGAUCCUGGUACCGAUUAUCCCAGGUAUUCAGGAAUCGUCUGGCAAGAAGACCGAGUCAAGCAAGAAGAUUGAGAAAAGUAUCCGCGGUAGGAGACCCCGAGGUUGCACUACUGGCUAGAGCCUUUGUACAACUCUUGUUGAGAAGUUCAGGGGCAGGCUUGUCCCGGUUGUCGAGACGCUAGAAUCCAAGAAGGCUGCCAAGAUCGGCUUCAUAAGCAGCUGGAAGGCCAUCAGGCUCAUCCAUCUUCUGGUCGGCAGUCGUAAUAGGUCGGACGGGAAUUUUCGCAAACACUCCCAAAACGGCAACCCCUCGUCGUCGUGCUGCCAGGGCCCCGCCGAACGCCGCGAGGGAUCGCGACCGAGUCCAGGAUCUUCCCGGUGCGGAAGUAAAAUGGAAGAGAAGUCGUCCUCGCGAUUUUCCGAGUACCUGUUUGCAAAAAUGGGCGGGCAGGACGUCUCGGCCUCGCAGGGUCCCCGCAAGGUGACAGCCGACACCAGGAAGUGGCUCAGGGAAAAUCUUCUCCUGCUGGUCACCCUGUCUGGCGUACUUUUAGGAGUAGUACUAGGUUUUGGUUUGAGACCUUUGAAACUUGGCGAUGACGCAAUCAUGCUCAUCAGCUAUCCUGGAGAAUUGUUCAUGAGGCUUCUGAAGCUGAUGAUAUUACCGCUUGUGAUCGCUAGUCUGAUUUCCGGCUCGGCUAGCUUAAAUGCUCGAAUGAAUGGAAAAAUUGCUGUAAGGACCCUAGUCUACUUUAUUCUGACAUCCUUAUUGAAUGCGAUCCUUGGCGUUGCCUUGGUACUCCUAAUACAUCCUGGUGAUCCUGGACUUCGCGAUUCCAUCGCGCAGAGCAAUCAUACAAGAGCUGUCAACAUCUUGGACAGUCUCCUGGACCUUGGAAGGAAUAUGUUCCCUGAUAAUCUUUUCCAGGCGGCUUUCCAGCAGGCUCACACAGUCUACGUACCGAAGAAACCGUCAUUCCAAAACGACACUGACAAAGUACCAAGUUCAGAAGGUCUUGCCAAUGAGGGACUGAUGAGAGAGAUUCGAUACAGGAGUGGUACCAAUACCUUGGGUAUCGUAUUCUUCUGUCUGGUCUUCGGGACCUUCCUGGGAACACUGGGGGAGAAAGGUCAAGUGGUCAUCGACUUCUUCAAAGCAGUAUUCGAAGUGAUCAUGAGGAUGGUAUCCACAGUGAUGUGGAUGACCCCUGUGGGUAUAACUUCAGUAAUCGCCGGGAAGAUCCUAGGCGUGAAUAACUUGGCCCUGGUGAUGUCGCAGCUCGCCUGGUUCAUCAUGACCAUCGUGGUCGGAGUGUUAUUCUACCAACUAGUGAUCAUGCAGCUGAUCUACGUGGCCUUUGUGAGAAAGAACCCCUUUAAAUUCUACGCGGGCCUCGCCCAGGGCACACUCACCGCCUUCGCCAUGGCUUCAACGGCUGCCGCACUACCUGUCACCUUUCGCCUGAUGACUGAUAAGCUGAGGGUCGACCCAAGGAUCACCAGAUUUGUCCUGCCCAUCGGAUGCAAUAUCAACAUGGACGGCACUGCCCUCUUCGUAGCUGUAGCUAGUAUCUUUAUAGCUCAGAUGAAUGAAAUUUAUCUUGGAUUCGGGGAAAUAAUCACAGUCAUCUUAACGUCCACUGCUGCGUCUGUGUCUUCCGCAUCCGUACCGAGCGCCGCCCUGGUUCUUCUUCUUGUAGUCCUCAGCGCGAUAGACGCACCUGUCUGUGACGUCUCUCUCCUCUUUGCCAUCGAUUGGUUCGUGGAUCGCGUGAGAACCACCAACAAUAUGCUGGGCGAUUGCUAUGCUGCAGCAGUGGUCGAACACCUGUCGAAAAAGGAACUGAUGGCUCUGGAUGCUGCAGCUUAUCAAUCUGACUCAGUGCUGCCAACUACUAUCGCCAAUGGAUGCAUCUCAGCUAAUCGUGUACCCGACCCGGACACCAUCGUCGUGGAAAUGCAGGAUGACUCCAGGAUAGCCGACAUCGCCAAUAUCAUGGCCAAGACAGAGAUGGCGCUCAGGCGGGUGACCGAGGAUACUGUUUGACUAGUACCAUCACUCUCCGUUUAGAGCAGCGAUCGAUGAUCUGAAGAAGAAGAAGAAAAGCAUGAAAGGACAGUAAGAUCAUAGCACAUCUACGUAGAGUUAGAUAGAGGGAUGCUGUAAAACAUAUAUUCACGGAUCAAAAGGGUACAGGCACACUGUGCCAUUUCUUACCUGGUCAGACAUUUUGUAUUCGAAACAAUAUUUGAUAUGUAAUCAAUUCCCAUCGUAAUUCCAAUUUGACUCGCCGACCUCGUGACGUUUACGUACGAAAAUUAUAAGAAAGGAUAAAUAUUAAAAAAAAAAAUAAACGAAGAUGUCGCGCGUCGCGAUUUCAAUUUACGAGAUGAAAGACAGGCGCGUUAUUUGUACGGAUUUUUUUUUUUUCAAAAUGAUGUCGCAGUUAUUAAAAUAAUGUCACGCGGAUGGUGUCGUUAGGAUGAAACGAGAGUCAAAGAAAUUUCAAAAUUGAGAUAGCAUAGCUAGCAAUAAAAGCGUAUAAUAUAUACGUUAUUAAAGCUAUGGGUAUGUAUCAGUAUUGUUGGUAUCGUGAUUGGGUGUCGAUAAUCGAUCAAUUAUAAUCAGUGCAAUAUCAUUUUAUAUGGACACCCAACUAUUUUAUAAUGGACAAUUAAGAACUGUUCGUAUCUUGCGGUCGCGCGACAUCAUCGACCUCACCGGAAUUUCACUGACGGAGUAUUUCGUGAUGGCUCUUUUUCACUCCGAUCGAUCGCGCCGAUUGUAGAGUCUCGACGCCGCAGCGUCCCGACGUCUUCGAGCGUGGUGGUGCCUUAUUUCUAGCGUACCAAAGGUGCUGAACCAUUGAAAGUACAGCCUAUGUUCAUUCGUGAGGUGCUUUAGUCGAGUAGACAGUAAAAAGAUAAACAAGUAGACACAGUGCUUUAUAUUUAUUAAUUAGUUAAUGAAUUAAUUAAUAGACGAGCCGUUCGUUUUAUCUAUAAAAUUUGAAGGUUAAUUAUAUUUUAUUUAAAUAAUUUCAACUUUUCACCCGUUCACGCGAUCGCUGACUCGAUUAUAGAGAGCAGUCAAUCAGUCAAUCAUUCCCAAUAAGGAAUCAAUUAAUUACCUCCUUAAGGAUUGAAUUUGUCUAGGUGAUUCAAAAAAUAGAAGUAACGAUCGUACCCCAUAUUGUAUAUCAAAAGUAAGAAGAAAGGAGGAGCAGUUUAAGUGGCAAUAAUUACGAUCUUCAACGAUCAACAACGAUCCAUUAUAUCAAUAAUUUUUUUUUCUCUUUUUUUUCUUCAACCAAAGAUUAUUAGAGUAUACGAAAUCUUCUAUUCCAUUCCCUCCGGUGUCCUGAAACCCUCCUAUAGAGAGUGAAAGCAAAUAAUCAGGUACUUAACCCAUGAAGAAUACUCGCCAUUUUGAGGUUAGAGUAGACAUUGAGGAAGGCGCCUGUCGGAUGGAUAGAGAUAAACGAGUGACAAAGGGAAUGACUGUGAGAUGAGAAUAUAUUAGAAUGAUUUUAUGAAAAUUUUGAUGAAUGAAAAAUACAAACAAAUGAUGGCGCAUACCGUCAUUCCCUUUAGAAAUGGUUUAAUCAUCGACGAGUAAUAAAAGACUGGAUGCCGGUUGUCGAUGACGUACUAGAACUAUUAUAGUACUGUAGGCCAACAGGAUUCCUAAUCGAUUCGGCUGGCUGUAUAGAUACUCAUAGCUAGGAUUGGAUAUAUCGUAUAGUGAUAACUGAUUGUGAGUGUACAAAAAAAAAAUGAAAUACAAUACAUGUAGAGAAUUUUGGGCUUUGUUGCGAGCGCUGUGCGAUCGCCCGCGUUCUAGGCGCUGACAUUGUUCUAUUAGAAUUCACGGGCCGUCUAGAGGCACGCGUUCACUUACUUUAAUGGUUAUAUUUACAUACGUACCUAUUACCAUUCGUUGAGUUACGCGGAUACAUCGCUUGGCGCGAAAUUUGAAUUUCGGCCAAGGCUGCUUCGCUGCGGAUCGAAACUACAUUCAUUCAUAUUCGAGGCAGAAUGUACGAGGAAUGUGAGGAAUGUGAGGGAUAGGAGAAAGAGAGAGAAACAAAAUGACGAAUAACGUGUAAAAUGAUUGUGCCACGAAAUUCUACAAAACUAUCACUACGUCUACGUGUGUAUUAUGUACCUAAAGUUUAACGUGUUAUAUCAAUAUGCAGGUUUAUACGUGGAAUAUGA